CCUGGCUAGUGUCAUUUCUUCUGUAUGUCGAUGCAAAAAUAAUUUUUAAAAGUGUGGAAUAGUAAUGAUAAACAUCGCUCUUCAUCUUUGAUGUUGUUUGCAAUUGCUGUAGAAUAGAAAGAAGCUUUUGCGGCGUUAUAUAGAUUCCACAUAAAAAUUAAAACCAAAUAAGACAUGUUUCGGAGUAGAAGCUGGUUUGGAGGUGGAUGGAACCGUCCUAAAAAUCGUCUCUCACUAGACCACCUGAAAUAUUUGUAUAGUGUCCUCGAGCGUAAUACUACAGUAUCUGAAAAUAAUCGUGGAUUAUUGGUAGAAUCACUGCGAUGCAUAGCGGAAAUCCUGAUUUGGGGCGAUCAAAAUGAUUCGUCCGUGUUCGAUUUCUUCCUAGAGAAAAAUAUGUUAUCAUACUUCCUUCACAUCAUGCGACAAAAAAGCGGAGGAUCGAGCUUCGUUUGCGUACAAUUGCUUCAAACGUUGAAUAUUUUGUUCGAAAACAUUCGGAAUGAGACGUCUCUUUACUAUCUACUUAGUAAUAAUUUGGUGAACUCAAUAAUCGUUCACAAGUUCGAUUUCUCUGACGAAGAUGUUAUGGGAUACUACAUACUGUUUCUGAAGACGCUAAGCUUGAAAUUAAACACUCAUACGAUACAUUUCUUCUACAAUGAACAUACGAACGAUUUCCCGCUGUACACCGAAGCAAUAAAAUUUUUCAACCAUCCGGAAUCGAUGGUUCGCAUUGCGGUUCGUACCAUCACGCUGAACGUGUAUAAAGUGCAAAAUCCGAAUAUGCUACAGUUCAUUCGCGAUAAAACUGCCGCUCCCUACUUCAGCAAUCUGGUAUGGUUCAUUGGGAAGCAUAUACUGGAGCUGGACGCGUGCGUCAGGACCGAUAUCGAUCACCAAUCCCAGCACCGGUUGGCAAAUCUAGUUGCAGAGCAUUUGGAUCAUUUGCACUAUCUGAACGAUAUCCUCUGUUUGGAUAUAGCCGAUUUGAACGCGGUCCUUACCGAACACUUACUCCACAAACUGUUCGUCCCGUUGUAUAUAUUUUCGCUAACGCCGUCCCCACCCAUUUCAAUGGCCGUUGUGACCAGGAACCUUGCGGCAGUGCUGAAUAAAGUGGUUGAUAUUGAUAUCAAAGAAAUGAAUAACCCUCGUGUGUCCAGUGUAGUGGCGCUGUUUCUACUGUCACUAGUUUUUCUCGUUGUUACACACCGGCCCCUCAUAAAUGCGCUCACCUGGGUUAUUCUCAAUGCGGACCACACGGUUUUCAAGGAGGGAGCCGCGCAAAUUUUGAACGCAUACAUAGAUAAUCGCGAGGUAGUUGCGCUCGGCUUCGUCCAACCUGUCGAGAGUCUUGAAGAGGCACUGGAGAGCACAGCCGCUUCGUCCAGUUCCUACAGUUAUGAUCCCAAUGCCGAAGAAGCUAAUAGCAGCAGCAGUACAUCUACCAACAAUGAUCCACAGUCAAUAGAAUCUCCAAGUCCACCAACACUAUCAGAUGAAAUUGAAAAAGUGAACAUUACCGACGAGGAAAAGGAAAAGCUACUUCUGAACGUAUAUCGUACUCCAGAAUUCAACAGGCCCUUUCUGGAUAUGGUUCUUUCGUCGUUGGACUGCUCUGAGAAUGAUUAUCUGGCCCUCUUGGCACUCUGCUUACUCUAUGCGUUGGCUAACAACAAAGGUGUCAACGCCGAAUGGCUCGAUAUGGUCCUGAAUCGCUCAUCGCCAUCCGGAUGUUCAAAGUACAAUAUAAUACUAAUAGAGAAGUUGCUGCAAAUUAUUACCCUUUCCAGUCAGCCAUCAUGUCGCGUUCGAUUGGUUACGAUGGAUUUGACUUUGAAACUUCUGUCCCAAAUUGUUGGUGUCGGUACAAGCAACAUAAAUAUGAGCGAGCAGCAUAGGAACACACUUUUUUCGGCCCGCAAUCAAAGUAUGACUGUUUUGAGGAAUUUCUAUAAAUCAGAGGAUAUUUUCCUGGAUUUGUUCGAAGAUGAAUACAACGAAAUGGCAAAAACGAAUCUGAACGUGGAAUUUCUGUGUAAUGACUCGACGAUAUUGUUGCCUCCCACUGGAACACCUUUAACUGGAAUUAGUUUCCCAAGACGAUUACCUUGUGGGGAGGUAGAAAAAGCACGACGUGCAAUUCGAGUCUUCUUCUUGCUCCGUAGAAUGUGCCAAAGUAUGAGUGGAGAGAGUGAGCAUUUGCUGCCACUGACAAAUCCCAGGCAAUGCGUCCAAAUAGACAACGCUCUGGAUUUAAACAAUAGCGAUUUGAUAGCAUGCACGGUAGUGAUGCGUGAUGGCACCAAGUAUAGACGAUUUUUAGUGAUGGACAUCCUCCAGUUAAUUCUUGUCGAACCCGACAGCAAACGGUUGGGAUGGGGUGUUGCGAAAUUUGUCGGGUUUCUCCAAGACGUCGAAGUAAAUGGUGAUAAGGAGGAUUCUCGAAGCCUACAUCUUACUAUUCAUCGAGGAGGUGCCACAAACAACCGCACUCCAAUCUUAUCGGCGAAAUUCAUGUUCGAUGAUCAUAUCCGCUGCAUGGCAGCGAAACAGAGGUUAACAAAAGGGCGUAGCAAAGCGCGACAAAAGAAGAUGUUCCAGAUCGCACAGUUAUUGGAAAUACCAGGACAAUUAAAUGAUGUAGCUUUUUCCGCUCUUGCGUCUGCUGGAUCGUCAGGAACCACCCCUGUAUUGAGGCCCUCCACAGGAAAGCAGCUUCGAGAGCAUCGACCACUGUUUUCAACAGUGAAUCGAGUCCCUGGAGUGGCGGCAGCUUUGAGGAGAGAAAGCAUGCCCAGCGGAGGAGUGAGUAGAGUGCAGAUAAACUCGAGCCGUUCUAUCGAUGGUGAUGUGACGGGAGCACACAGGAAAAGCUCCGGUACAGCACGUAGGGAAAGUAGUCACCCAAUCCCUGUUACAUCGACGAAAUCCCGCGAAUCCUCCCGAAAUCGUUCCGGAACACCAAGAUCGCGCGAUUCUAGCCCGCGUGUUGUGAGACCUCGGUCGGAAGAGAUACCACUAGAGGACUUCCGUCGUUCGCAGAAUGCAAGCCCCGGUUCACGUAACUCAUCGAACGCACCCUCACGUGCUCAUACUCCAUCGAGACUCAGUUUAGAACCCACAGUAACGACACCUAAUAGCAAUGGUCAAAGUAACAGCAAUUCUACAAAUACGACGAAAGAAUUAACUAUUCCAACAGUUCCAAUAGCUGGUUCAAGUUCAUCAACGGUCUCCAUCCCAGUUGAACUAAGUCCCACUUCUGAAGAAACUUCGUUCAUCGCUGCCGAAGAGAGACAGAAAAAACGUGGUGCGGUUGAAACAGUCUAGCGAAAAUGCGUGUUAUCUAUGUAUUUUGUUUCGUUGUUUUAUGUCCGGACUAUUUAUUGUUUUAAUUAACUCUAUGUUAAAAUGAAAUGUGUCGGAAAAGAUGUAUUUACAUGAUAAAAUAAAAUAGUCCAAUUAAUAUCCAUUGAA